CGCAUGCGCAUCUUCUUCGUUCAAGUCCGUCCAUUCGUCCAGUUCCCAUAGCCAUCACAUAGCUCAGCGUACACGUGUCUGUCCUUGCGUUUCGUUCGAGAAAAGGAGUUAUCGCUGACAAUGGCUACGAUGGAAAUACCGUUGGUAGAUAAGAGGUUGAAGGCUGAAUUGGCGGAGCUAAAGAGGUGUCCGCUACCGUUUGCCAAUGUUGAGCCCAGAGAAGACAAUUUCCGGGUCUGGGAUGGAGUUCUUCUCGGGCCAGAAAACACCCCCUAUGAAGGGGGGAAAUUCAAUUUCAAAUUAGAAUUUUAUUCUGAUUAUCCCAAUGUUCCUCCGAGGGUGACAUUCAAGACACGGAUAUAUCACUGCAACUUCAACUCACUCGGUCAAAUAUGCCUUAGUACCCUCAAAACGGAAGAGAAUAAAGGGACCUGGUGUAGUGCAAUGGGUGUCUCUAGUCUCAUACUCAGCAUCCAUCAGCUGAUUGGCGAUGCCAAUUUUGAUGAUCCACUUGUCUCCUCUAUCCGGGACCAAUACCGGGCAGACCCAAAGGAACAUGACAGGAUUGCAAGGGAGUGGACUUUAAGGUUCGCUCCCUUAAAUGGAUGAAAAAAAAGAUAGCUUCAGCAUGCAUACACAAUACACAACAGCUCUUGUGUUUAUAAUUUUCUCUGCCAGUUUACUUAUUUCAUGUUUAAGUGUAUUUUAAGAGAUAUGUUUAAAUUGGGUGGGUUUUCCAUUCUUACCACUUAUAUGAUCUCUCAUGAUACAUAAUUUUCUUUUUAAAUCAUGGCAAUAUGUGUUACUGAAUGUUCAAAGACAGAUAUUAAGUAUCUAUGAUGAUGUUUUUUACACUUAUUUGCUGUAAUGGUAUGAUAGUUCUACUUUACUUAUAUUAAAAGGAUUUUGUCCAGAGCAUUUAAAAAAGAAAUGUUAAACACAAAUUUUUGAUUGAUUCCAAAAAUAUAAAUAGGAAAAGAAUUUAUUAAA